AAUACUUCAAUGCGAUAACAGCUUUUGAGUACAAUCACGAUUAAUUAUCGUGUAUUUAUCGACGAUGACUUAUCCGCAAUGACAGUGAUUCACCUCAUCACCACUAUUAACUCCGACGUCGACUGUCGCACACGCUGCUAUUGCUCGCUGCUGACAAGCAAACACUCUUAUGCAACAAAAAAGCCUCAAAUGACUAGUACUUAACUCCUUUUUCUUUCGUUCACAUAUUCUUAAAAACAAAAAAUAUAAUGGAAACGAUCGAAAACAAGCAGAAACUGAUCAAAAUCCCACCCGAUGGAGGUUACGGUUGGGUUAUAGUUUUCGCCAACGCAUUGAGUAACUUUCUCACAGUACCUCUGAUUCAUUGUUUCGGCCUUAUCUUCAAAGAUACAUUCAUACAACUGGGCUUAUCAGCCACUCAAGGCUCAUUAAUCAUCAAUCUGAAUGGAGCUUUCGGAAUGAUGACUGGACUUAUCAAUGGUGUACUACUUAAAGUUUACGGGUGUAGAAAAGUCGCCUUUCUUGCCGCAUUUUUACUUACAGGAGGAGUUGUACUUACCUCGUUUUCCAAAACCUUUACAGAAUUUGUUAUCUCUUACGGCCUCAUUACUUCUUUAGGGAUUGGCAUGUGCCAAUCUGCGUAUGGACUAGCCUUGAACAUGUACUUCAAAGAAAAAAGAAACGUUGCGAUGGGUUGUGCGGUCACAAUCACCGGUUUAGGGCCAAUCAUAAUCCCACAAAUAAUUUAUUUUUUAAUGACAAUAUACACGCCCCAAAAUGUUACCCUCAUUUUCGGCGGUAUUUGUGCCCAUGUUUUCAUAGCAGCCAUGCUAUUACAACCGGUUGAGUGGCAUAUGAAAGUCGAAAAACAACCACUCGAGGAAUUACUUCCAGAAGAAGAGCAAGUGCCAAAAACCGAAGAAACGGUUUGUCGCAGACUCUUCAACAACAUCGUCAAAGCGUUCGAUUUAGAUCUGCUCAAAGACCCGAUUUUCGUCAAUAUUAUGAUGGGCAUGGCUAUGGCCAUUUUCGCCGAAUUAAAUUUCACAGUUUUGACACCAUUCAUGCUGCAAGAGUUUGGUUUGGACACGGCACAAACCGCAACUUUUCUCUCAACUCUGGGGAUCACCGAUAUAAUCUUCCGGUUUUUUGCCCCGUACAUUGGGAAUUUUUUCACAAAGCCGCCACGCCUUAUGUACGCUUAUAGUCUUGUUCUUUUAAUUAUAACUCGUUUCACUUUCCUCAUGUCGAACGAUUUUUAUGUCCUGCUGGCCAUCGCUCUAGGCCUCGGAGUUGCAAAAGGAAUAAGAAAAGUUUACAUGGGAUUAGUAAUUCCUGCUCAUGUUCCUAUCGAAAAACUAGCCUCUGCUAACGGAAUGGAAAUGAUGAUGAAUGGCUUUUGUAUAAUAAUUGGGGGUUUAGUUUUGGGCGUAGUCCGCGAUGUUACGGGAAGUUACCGACUCUGCGUCGUCAUAAUGAACUGUGUCUCAUUUACCACGAUCUUAAUGUGAAGCCUUGAUUGUCAAAUGUAGGAAAAAGGAAAAGGUGUUUGACCAUGGGAUUCCGCUAGAACAAGUCAAUUCAAAAACCUAAAUACACUUUAUUUAUAAAUCA